AUGCUGUGUUCAAUAGAGUCAUUUUCAGCAAGUAGUUCAGCUGAAGAACUGAUGACAAGUCACUUCCAUACCCUGGAGAACCAAAGAAGAACUAAAUCUUUAGAACUUGAGAUCACCUCUUCACGACAAAAUGAAGUAAAUAAUGUUCCCUAUACCAAAAAUCAAAGGAGAAGCAUACCUACUAUUAAGUGAUUGAAGACAUGAAAUGAAUAUGAAGGAUUUCUUAUCAUCUCUGUCCUCCUCUCUCUCUCACACACACACCAAUCAUGCACACAAACAAUUCUCUGAACCAAAAUCAGUAUUGUCGUUUUCUAGUUGAAAUGUUGCUGUUUUAACCCAAACUAACUGCUAUGUUUUCUGGAAUGGACUUAGUAGGAGUUCCUCUCUGGUCAUUUCCAACACAACAACUGCAGUUCAUUGUGUUCUUUCUCAUCGCUGAAUAGAAUUUGAUGUUCUUAAAAAAAAGUCACCUUCAAGCUGAUCAUCAUGUGAAUGAAAUAAUAAGGAUAUCAAUGGAAGGAUCGGAAGCAGCAGAUGCACAAGACUCAAUGGAAGAAUGAACUCAUUGUGUUUCAGAAAUGAAUUACCUGAGUUGUACAAAAUUAAAUCAAGAAAUCCAACCCCCCCUCAUUUCACCUCUAGGGAAAACACUGGAUGGAUAUAUGUCACCUUUAGGCUUACUGUUCCUCUAAAUCCCAGAACAUUGUGUUACCUUUCCUUCAAUGGCUCUGUAAUGGGAGAAGAGAAAGCAAACGAGUUUGUUCAUAAUACUACUUUGACUCAAAAGUUUAUAUUUUGACCAAAGGUCAACAUGGCUUUGGGGUUUACAGCUUUUUUGUAAGAGGCAGUCUGGUCAUCAGGCUGACAGACAGCAGCUUUUUAUAACAUACCAAGUUUGUAUCCCAGGAAAUCUUUGUUCUCGGUAUUUUUGCUAACUCAGUUACAUGGACCAAUGUAUUAUCCCAUCUUGACAAUCUUGUCAUUUAUUAGAACAUUGCAGGGUUGGUCUACAUGCUAGGAGACUACAUGACAUAUUUCAAUGCCAUUUUUCAUCUGCAGACCUCAUUUUCAUCAAUAACGCCUUCAAUGAGCUGCCAAAAUUGGUCUUAGGCAAGUACAAAAGAAAACAAAUACAUUAGCAAGGAUAGGUUAUUGCUAUGAAACGAUCUUUCUUUCAUUUUUGUUGGACAUUCUGCCUGUUAUAAAAGAAAAACCGAAAUUGAGAGAGCUACAUAGCUUAUAUUAGAAAUAUAUUUAAUAGCUAGUAGGGGCUGACCCGAGAUUGUUUCUUGGCAAACACAUAUUCCCAGAAGAGUCCCAAAGUGGGGAGCAUAUGAGGCUUAAUCAAGCUGGUACCUUCCAGAUGUUUUGGACAACAAUUUCUGUCAGCACAACUACAACAUCUGGAGAGUUAAAUGAAGGCUGCUUUAGAUACAAGGAACGUGAAAUGGAUUGGGGUGGGGGAAUAUACAGGAGAGAAUCUGCAGAAAGGCAGAAGGAUGUUUAAUCGCUUCCAUGCCUGCCAGCUCUCCUUUUUACAUGCUCCCCAGGCGCUGCUGUCUCCUUAGCUGGAGUUACUGUUUCCAGCUUGGGGUGGAAUUAAUUUUAAAUGCCCCGAGGAGCACAUGCAUGAGAGAAUCCUGGGCAGGGAAUUGAAUUCUGGGAGAACAUAGAGUUAGGACUGUGCAGGAUUGCAGGGCUGCCGCUUUGCCGAGUUCAGAACGACACAUUCCCCCUUGACUACACAUCUUCAGAGUUCAGUCACAGCUUUGGCUCGGCAAAGCAAGUGUGUCUGUGUGGGAGACCGAGAGAGCUUUCCAGAGGCAAGCUAGCGGCACGAGAGGGACACUUCGUUCUCCUUUCACCUGGCUCUUUUUGUGUCUCUUCCAGUUCCACUCCCACCAGCUCCUGCUUCCUCAGCUCACCUGCCACUCCUCCACUGGAGAACGGCUUUCCAUGCCCCAAGGAGAAGUGGCGGCCAGGGAAAGAGCAGUCGGAGUAAGCAACCUGGGCCUGAGAUGCACUUCUGAUUUGCUCAGGUGCCUGUUCCCUUCUGUGGACAAGCAGCAAAAAGGUGAUCAGGUGAGUUGAUGGUAAAGGUCAUCCAGAUUUUAGCUGCCUACCUCCUGAAUGAAGAUUGGGCAGUGCCUGCUUGUCUCAGAAGCAGUGCAAAUAAGCUGCUUCCCUAUCAGUGGUAAGCCCACUUUCAGCUGCCACCAUCUCUUGCUCCUUAUCAGAGAUACCUUAUACCAGUGGUGGGGAACCUUCCGCCCUCCACAACAGACUCCUAUCAGUCCCAGUCAGUCUCCCAGCACAGGAGAAGAAGCAUGGCUUGUGGAGAGGUCCAAGGGCCAGAUAAAGAUGCCUGGAUGCAUUUGGUCUCCCAGGCCUGAAGUUCCCCAUCUUGCCUUAGCAGGAAACAAGCACCAGGCACAGAGAGCGGCAGUUACUGGCCGUGGACUUCACUUGACACAAGCUCUUAAGACAGACUGAGAAACGAUGCAUUUUAAAUACUAUUAAAAAAAUUAAUCAUUGAAGUAUGUACAAAACAGUCCAGGAGAGCUUCAAUUAUCUUUCUGGAAAGUUUUAAAACUCAUGGUGCCAAGGAAUCCUAGGAGGUACAUGCCUUGUGACGUCCUGCUCUAUAAAUAGUUUAUAUUGCAAGAAUGCCUGGGAGUUUUAAAAGGUCAGCAUUUCUGAAAUUUUGCACAUUGCCUUUUGAAGAGAAACCUGGCCUCUUACAAUUGCAGUGGUUUUCAUGGGAUUUCAGGUCCUUUUUAUAGUGUCUCAUCAUGGGACCAGACCCUAAAAACACCUUGUUUUAUAAUCCUAGGAAAAAUUAGAAACUGCUUUGUUCAUUUCUGAGAGAAAAACCUGAAGCUUAAUCCGGUUAAAUAUUUUGGGCUGGGAAGCGUUCUGAUCUGAGACUUGCAACCUGACCUGGAUUGGGUUCCACUAAGUCUGCAGCCUGAGGGUUCUCCUGGACUUGAUGCUAUCUGUGGAUGCGCUGGUUGUAUUGGUAACUAGGAGUAUUUUUAUAACAACGAUAAUAAUAAAAAAAAUUGUUUAGGCUGGUUUAAAGGUGAUUUGAAGGACUGCUUUCUUCCAAUCAAAUCCAGCUGGUCCUUAAGUUGCACUGUCAAGGUCAAACAGAUUGGUGCGCAUUAAAGAUGCUACUUUUUCAGAGGCCCUGUACUUUGGAACUCUCUCAUAAAGAAGUUUUCACUAGACGUUAAAAACGUAUUUGUUUCAAGCUGCACUUCAUUAAAAGUUCUGUGAACUGGGCUCUAAACCACUGCUGUAUUAUUAUUUUUUUGUAAUUGGAUUGUUUCAUUUGUAUUUUUAAAUUUGCUAUUUAUAUUACUUUAUUACAUUUAUAUCUCACCUUUCCUCUGAGGAGGUGGCAUAUAUGAUUCUUCCGCUCCCCAUUUUAUCCUUACAGCAACUUGGUGAGUUGGAGGAGGGGGCUAUUGGUUUCAUUUGUUAUUGUUUUUAUUAUGUAUAUUGUGUUUUUAUCUUGUGCUUUUAUGCUGUGAACUGCCCUGAGAUCUAUGGGUGAAGGGCAGUAUACUACUACUGCUGCUGCUGCUGCUGCUACUAGAUUAGGCUGAGGGAUAGUGACUGGCCCUAACUUGCCAGGUUAAUUCCAUUGCUGAGUGUGGAUUUUAACCCUGGUUUCCCAAGUCAUCAUCCAUUAUGCUAACCACUUUACUACACUGGUUCUCCAGCUGUUCUAUAUUCCUUUAUUUAGGCUAUAAUUUCUGUGCAACUGAAGGCUUUAUCUUGUAAUUUUGCACAACAUUCAUGCCAUCCAUGCAUAAAUAUAGCAGAACUAGCAACUGUGUUUUAUUGAAAAUGUGCUCCUAGGAUGAGAUAUUUAACCAAACAAGCUCAAGUGGAUUAGUGGAUCAAAUAAGUUCAAGUGGAUUCAAUCAUAUUAGGUUCCCUAGUAAAUUAAUCUGGGUUGUGGUGUCAACAUAGAGUGUUAUUUUGCUCUCAAAUCUAUUAAAGAAAAGAAGGAAAGAAAUCAGAUGCAGAUAGCCUUGGAAACAGCUGUAAUUAAACUGGAGUUCUAAAUAAUCAGCUAAGCUGGUAAAGGACUUUGUGUGAUGACCAGCCGGGGGGGCGGGGGCGGGGUCCUGCAUUUAUUGUUCUUUUUAAUGUAUAGGCUGAUCUCUUGAGACAGUCAAACUCAGUAUUUAGCAGGCUUUUGUUUUAAACCCACAGUCCCUUGAGAACUGAAAAGGAAUCAUGCUUGGUUAAAUGUGGGAAAAUUUAGUAAUGCCUGGUUAAAAGCUUUACAGCUGGAUUAAUGAGUAACCUACACUUUAAUUAUGCUGCUACUGCUCUCCCACUGUGUUAUAGCUUCUUCUUUGCUCCUAUAAAGUUCUCCACUCUGUUUAACUUAGUCACUUACAGCCUGAAAAUGCCAGUAUCCUCGGGCGAUCUGCUGUUACUUAUGCUUGGGACAGUGUAUCUUAGAGAAGGAAGCUCUGCACCAAUGUCUAAUCAACAAGGUAUGGCUAUGAUUUCGUGCUUGUCUUUAAAUGUUUUCUAACGGCAUGGAUCCAUAUUACCGCAUGAUUAAUAGAUGUUAUCUUCGCUCGGAGUGCCUCCAGUCUGAUUUGUUUUGCGGGAGAUCAGACAUUGGCUGUUUAAUGAGCAUUCAUUUUGAUCCGUUUGUGUGGAGGUUUGAUAACACUUGCAUCAACACAAUGUCAUUUCACAUUUUCCAGUGCAUUUCCCCCUCGGUUUCCUUACUGCAGAAAGUUCAGUCUUUUGAGGAAGUGGGUUUGUUGUGCAAGACUUUCCAAUCCAUUAUAAGUGUGAAACCUGAAUUUGCCCGUGUGAUUGAAUCCCACUCAAAAAUAGCAGCAAUCUAGAAGCUUUUUUUUUUUAGUUCUCAAUUUCAUCCCAGCUGCAGCUCUUCUGCAUGGGGUGUAGUGAUUUCCCUCCCCUAGUCCAAAUUGCCUUGCCUAAGGAGCAAAUGGCUAUUUAUUGACUGACAAAACUGAGAGUUGAUUCAGAUGCGGAUUCAGAUGCCCUGUGACAGCAGCUACAUGCAUAAUGUAAUGCAAGAAAAGCAGGCCAUUGCAUGUAUAAGUGGUGUCCAAACUUUUUUUCAGAGAGGGCCAGAUUUAAUGAAGUGAAGGGCCGUGAGGGCCAACCAAAGUUGUUAACCUUUCCUUUAGGAUUUAAGUUGUUGAGCUUUUUUUAGACUUUGGACAGGCCUGUAUUGUAUAUGAAUUUUUCAGAAGAGUCACCAUGUGGAAUUCAUGCAUCAAAACAGUGAAAUCACUUGUUUCUUCUUAAACAAUAACAAAUGUAUUAUAGUGCAUACUUCAUUUAUGAUCCUGGACAUAGUCUAUUCAUGAAACUUUGUAUGACAGCAAUGCAUAUAUUUUUCUGAACUUUACUUAUUCAUAUAUCAGUUUUUAUGUUUAUGUGAUAGAUAGAAGCCAUAGAGGCAAACAAAAGUGCUGCUGGACCUUUGAUAAAGCCAAAUCUGUUAUAACUUCACAGUGGUUUCUAGCUAUAGCAAACUUUUCACUUCCAUUUCACUUCUGUGAAGAUAUUUCACUUCUAUUUGGCAUGAGAAUGUAACUUGUUAACCACUGUGUAUAUUUCCAAAAUAAGCUAUGACAAACACACCCCGAAGCCUGGGUUCUCUUUUUUUAUUCCCCUGCUGGAUAAAGGUAGUCCAUCUGAAAUCCCAAUAAGACCAUUUCUAUAGAGGUCUGACUGUGCAUAGAUGUUGCUAUGUAUGUUAAACAUACACAUAUAUCUUGAGCUAUUUUUCUUUGCAAAGGUCAACCAGCAGAAUGAGAACACAAAGUUUGAGUGCUCUUCUCAAAUUUAGAACUUUGAGUGUUGAUUGUUUUUGCUAGUAACUUGAGUUUUACUCACUGCAUUCAUAGUGACUUGCAGUGCAAGCCUUCUCUACUCAGAAGUAAGUUAUACUGAGUUCAGUGGGAUUACUCUGACAUACAUAGAUGAAGGAUAACAGCCUAAGAUUAGUAAUAAUAUAAAUUAUUAGAUAUUAAUGGGAAAACUUCAAUUAGUACCAUCUGGAAGUGAAAAGUUAUUUGGCAUCUUAUGGAAAAAACUGGAGAAUGACAUCCAGCUGUCUUGUCCUCCCCCUCCAUUUUCUGCACUCUUGUAUCUUUUUUUUAUGCCUUUCAGAUUCCAAGUGUGGGCAGAAAGUGGACGCAAAUUCAUGGCAUCUUUAUAGCUAUCUCUCUCGGAUUGUUGGGGGGACGCAGGUGCAACAAGGUUCUCACCCAUGGCAGGUGAGCAUAUCCCUCCCAGUUACAUCUUUGGUCCAAGAUCUAAGGUCUCCAGCUCAGCUUUCCUCCACCUGGUGCCCGCUGGAUGUCUCAGACUACAGCUCCCAUCAUCCCUGCCAAUUGGCCAUACUGACUAGAGCUCAUGGGAACUGUAGCCCAAAACAUCUGGAAGUCAGUAGACUUUUGCGGAAGGCUGGCCUAGCUUAUCAUGGAAGUGGGGGGGGGGGACACACCAAAAACUAGGGUAUUGCUUGCAGGUGGCAAGAACAAUCUCCAUUCUCUCUUGGUUGCUGGAAAACGGUUGUGAUUCAUAUAUUGCCUACAAAGCAGGAGUGAUUUUAAGAAACUGCGACAGGCCUACCAUUUGGGAAAAUUCAAACAAUAGCUUCAAACCCAUAAGCAAUGGCCUAUCUCAGGAAAAGUAAUUCAUGCCCUCAAAACACCUUUGCCUGGGGUUCCCUGAUGAGAAAUAGACCUUUAUUUCUCUUUCAGAAAUCCAACAGGUGGGACAAAGCUUGCCUUUGCCCAAAACGUAUUUUGACCUCUUCAUGCUUCUAGGGACAUACAUAGGAAGCUGCCUUAAACUGAGCCAGAUGAUUGGUCCAUUGGUCCAGUAUUAUCUAUGUUGGCAGCAGAUCUGCAUGGUCUCAGGCGGAUCUUUCAUAUUGCCUAGCUGAAAUUUUUUACCUGCAGCUUCCCGGGAUUGAACUUGAGUCCUUUUGCAUUAAAGUUUGUCCGUGGAAACUGAAUUAAAGGUUGCAAUCUGAAGUUUGCUUAGUUUUUAAUAUGUUUUUGUUGUUCAGUCACUUGUUUGCUACCUGGAGCUCCCUUUGGGAAGAAGGGCAAGAUAUAAAUUUAAUAAAUAAAUACUAUGAAGCCCCAUCGGAAGAUAUGCUGAGAAUACAACCCUAAGCAUGUCUACUCAGAAGUAAGACCCAUUGAGCUUAAUGGUGCUCACACCCAAGUAAACAAGGUCUAGGAUUGUAGCCUUAAUUUUCAGUGAAAGGGAGUCUGUAAGAGUAUAUGGUCUACUAUUUAAACAGAUCUUUCAGAUCAAAAAUCAGUGGUAAAAGAAGUGUUUCUUUUUAAUCAGUGCCCUGUAAUAUUUGAAUUUUGCAGAUAUACAAGUAGAACAUAGGGGGAGACACAACUUAAGUAUUUAAACAGAUGAUAGCCAAGACUGCUUCUCCACAUCAGAUCUCCAGAAAGAAGCAAAAGCCCCAAAGGCCUUGAUCUUUUCCCGCUUCUAUGUAUGUGUCUUGUAAUCUGAUUGCCCCAGUAUGCUUCUUUUGUUUUCUGUUCUCAACUAGCUUGCUGCCUCCUCCUAGCUAGAGAGGGGACUGAGAAUGAGUCACCUUCUGCUUCACCAAGCCUCCUUGGACCAUUUAUCUGAAGUUUCCUAAAAUAAAUAAAAAAAAACCCCCACAUGCCUGGCAACUUUGACACAGGCUUCUAUGGGAAUCUCCAACAGUACUUCUGGUUCCAAUAUUCCACAUAAUACUUAUUUUGUCUCCUUUCCCCUUCCCCUCACUCUUUCUGCUACAGGGAACGACUAAGAUAUGAUGAGCAUGAAGGUUAACAUGUAAAUGUAGACAUUCACUGUAACUUAGGGAGAGAGGGAGGGAGAAAAAUACUAAGGUGGCAGGAUGAUUUUAGUACUGUCUACUUAUCACUUCUUUGCAUGUGAAUGUUUGCAUUGCAAGACAGAUAUUGAGAAGCUCUGAAAACUAAGAGUUCUAUAGGAGAAUGUGAUAGUUAGCAUUCACUACUGCUGCAUAUCCCUAGUAAUUUGGGGUGUGUGUGUGUGUAUGUGUGUGUGUGUGCGUGCAUACACCCCCCCCCACUAUUUUCAGACAUUAGCAAAAUUCAUUCAGGAUUGUAAACAUUCAAAUGUGAAUGCCAACAAUCACCAUGUUGGGACAUGCAUGGCGUCUCUUCUGUUUUCUGUCUUGCUUUUGCAGAUGCGAUAAGAAAAGGUUUGCAUUUUCUAAUGUGACAUGUUCUCUUUAUGGCACAGGUUUCCUUGAAACGAAAUAAUCGUCAUUUCUGUGGAGGAACCCUUGUUUCCUCUCAGUGGAUAAUCACAGCUGCUCACUGCGUUGUAAGCAGGUACAGAUAGAGAAUUCCAUUCUUUUGUAAGCAGGUGCAGAUGGGGAAUUUCACUUGAAGGCCAAAAAUUCCAGGUUGUUGUUUUGUUAUAUAUUUUUCAUAGCUUUAAAAAAAAUGUGCACUGCACCUGAAAGCAGCUACUGAAGGGCAGUAUAUAAAGUCAUAAAAUAAAUAUAAAUGCAUAAAUGAAAUAUUUAGGGUUUGGUGCUAUGUGAUGCUAUUUCUGUAUUUUGUUUGGCUUUGUUUCAAAAGAUGAAAAUCAGUUCCGCCCCCUUUUUUUAUAAUGGUUUUCUACCACUAUGCAGAUACCUGCUUGGUUCACUGACUGUAACUGCUGGAGAGCAUAAUUUGCGCCAGAAAGAGCAGGAAGAGCAAACCCUACAUGUAAAAUCUAUCACCAGACACCCAAAAUUUAACGUGAAGAAACCAAUGGAUUAUGACAUUGCCCUUCUGAGAAUGAACGGUCACUUUAAAUAUGGUAAUCUUGUCUACAAUUACCUGCCUGUUAUAAACAUUAUUUGUAAUACUCAAGGGAAAAUAAUUUAUUAUCAGAAAGCAUAGGUGAAUCACACAGAUACAAAUUUCAUUGCCAGAACUGGUGCCUUUUCAUUGCUUUAUUCAGGAGAACUCCUAGGACCAAAUUGAAGGGGAUAUUGUGGACUGUGUAGAUUAAUUUGUUUCUCAAGGCGAGUGUAGUGUGAUUGAUUUGCCAUAUGACCAGCUUUACAACUCAACCACUCUCAGCAUGCCAGUUGGGCCAUGUGACUUGGUCAUGAAUCAAGCUGUGGCCAUUGCCAAAUCGGCUGCCAAGAAAAAUGUGGCAAAUAAAGGAAGUAUUGGCAUGCCCACCAAGUAAUUUCUCACAAUCUCUCUCUAGUGUGCUGAACUGAGAGUACAGGAAGCAAAGAGGAGAGAGAUCUUGCAAAGCAGGUGUCUCCCCCCCCCCAAAGAACCUUGUUGGAUCAAACCACAGAAUCUGACAUCCUGUUUCUCACAGUGGCCAAGCAAAUGCUUCUGGGAAGCCCACAAGCAGAGCUGGAAGACAAUAAUCAUAAUGUCAACAUGUAAAGCCAUGCACUUAAAAGGACUAGCAGGAGGCUGUUUCCCCACUCCAUACAAUACAAUUCAGACAAACACAAACGGUAAUAAAAAAAUAUUGAGGUCUUUAAAAAACAACAGCAGCAGCAGCAGCUGGUACAGUGAUCUUCUCAAGGAGGCAGUUUCACAGAUGUACUCUGUGAGAUUUACUUCUGAGUAGUUCUAAAUAGGAUGCGGGUGGCACUGUGGUCUAAACCACUGAGCCUCUUGGGCUUGCUGAUCAGAAGGCCGGUGGUUCAAAUCCCCACAAUGGGGUGAGCUCCUGUUGCUCAGUCCCAGCUCCUGCCAACCUAGCAGUUCGAAAGCACAUCUGGCGUGAAGGUAAACAGCGCUUCCAUGCACUGCUCUGGUUUUGGUGUUCCGUUGCGCCAGAAGCAGCUUAGUCAUGCUGAUCACAUGACCCGGAAAAACUGUCUGCGGACAAACGCCGGCUCCCUCUGCCUGUAAAGCGAGAUGAGCGCCGCAACCCCACAGUCCUCUGUGAUUGGACUUAACUGUCAGGGGUCCUUUACCUUUACCUUUUUAUUUCUAAAUAUGAUUGCUCUGCAUAGCCCAUCUCCCCUUCUCUGUCUCUCUCACUGGGAUGAACAAGACAACCUCUCCUUUGAUAGCUGUGUAGAUAAUGUCCCGUGCUUGGCCUGGAUGUGAGUGUGUGUAGUAACCUCUGGCUUUGGGGUGAUUAGAAUGUAGCCUACUGUACAAUGUUUUCUUAUACUUGCUCUGAAAGAUUAGCGAGGCAGGACUUAGCUUUGCAGAAGCCAUGCUGAUCCUUCUUCAGCGAGACUUGAUCUUCUAUGUCCUUGAUAAUUGUGUUUUUUCCACCCAUUUAACCGGUGGAUUCAGAGCAUAGCUCCCACUGCAAGGGCUGCAAAGGUCUAGUAACUACUGUUUGUGUCCUGAAUCCCUGGAGAGAGCACCACCAGUCACUGUAGACAAUAUUAAAACUGUGUUACACGCAAUACCUUUAAAAUUCUUUCCCUCAAAUAAUUCUGGGCAUUCACAAGUUACAAUUCCCAACAGCACUUGACUAAUGACAGUGCCCAGAAUUCUUGGGUGGGGGGCAGGAAAUGCACUAUGGAUGUGCUUUAAAGUCACACACAGCCAGAAGCUAGAUAAACCAGUAGAAUAAUGUGGUAUAAGGCAAUUUUCUAAGCAAAGUGGGGUCACAUCAUGGGGAAAUGGCUCACACACUGCUGUAUGGGACUGGGACUUGAGAGAUGUGGGGAUCUUGCAGUAAUCUUUAUGGUCCUAUAGAACUGUAUUUUUUUGUGGCUUGUUUAUGGAUGAGAGAAAGAAAGGGCUUGUAUUCAGGUUUUUCUGAGUUACACACAUUUGAGAAGCACACAAAACCAAAAAGUUUAACAGUUUGUGUGAUGUUGCUUUUAAUUUGGAGCUCAAAAGGGUUGGGACUUAAAUUAACAUUAUUCUAAUAUGUCACACAUUAAUAUUCCAGUAUGCCACUGUGUUCAUGGCAGGUUCAACAGUUGGGCCAGUAUGUCUUCCUGAACCCAAUGAAACGUUCGAUCCAGGAUAUAUAUGUGUCACUUCUGGCUGGGGUCGCCUAAGAGAAAGUAAGCCUAAGCUAUUAUUUUUGGAAGCACGGCCAUAUCAAAGCAGCUGUGUAAAUUUUUUUGAUGCGAGUUGAUGUUUUGUGAUUCAUCCCUUUGCAACACAAUCCCUAAUUGGUUAAGACUUCCCAUAUGCUGAAACAAAGAUACAAUAAUAAAUGAGAAGGGGGGGGGAGUGGUUUUGAAGCUGUUACAGCAGAGAAGAGAGAAGCAAUGACAGACUGAAGAGGCUCAAGAAAGGUGACCCUUCUCACAAUUAAGGAGCUUUGGGGAAACAUUUCUCCUUCCAGUGUACAACUUUCAACUCCAGACUGAUGUCAUUACUAAAGCUUCUUAGUGAGCAAAUACUGGAUACUGCUGUAAAGAGAUAUUCAGAAGCCUGUGCUUAUUUUUGGAAGGACAUAACUAUAUCCCCCCCCCCCGCUGCAAUGUCCAAUGACCUCACACUGAAUAUUCCAAAAUUCGCCUUGGCUCUACUUCCUGUAGUGUCACUUGGCAUAUUUUUCUGUGGCAGCCACAUUGAAUGAAUGGCUGAAAAAAUUAUUGUCUCCCUCGCUCCAAUGAACUGUUCCUCCACCAACACUAUUCGCUGUCUGCCUUGGGCAUUUUGUGGAAAGGAUCGUAUCUUGGUUACAAAGCACCUGCUUGUCAUGCAGAAGGUCUUCCAAGUUCUAGCCCUGGCAUCACCAGUUAAAAGAAAUGAAAGGUGGGGCAAUAGGUGAUGGGGAAGACCUUUGUCUGAGGUGCUGGAGAGCUGCUGUCAGAAUAAAUGGACCAAUAGUGUAACUUGCUAUAAAACUGUUUCCUUCGGUGUGCUUGUUUUCUAGAUGGUAUCCUCCCUGAAGUCCUGCAUGAAGUGGAGUUGCCCAUCCUAGACCACAGCGAAUGUUCUAGAGCAUUGUCAACUUUAAAGAAACCUGUUCGGGGUGACACUCUAAUGUGUGCUGGGUUUCCAGAUGGCGGAAAGGAUGCCUGCCAGGUUGGUAAAAUGAAGAGCCUUUUCUUCCCAUCUACCUGCCUGCCUUUCUGUCUCUGUGAUGGGGCGGGGGAACUUUCCAGGAGGAAGAACAGAGCAAAGAGAUGAAGCUCAUACUUUUCAUGCAGAAGAUCCCAGGUUCCACUCUCAACACCCGCUGUUAGACUCCUUUUCAUGAAGCAGCAGUCCGUCACAAGCACUUCAGGCCCAAAAUAUUUUGCUGCCUGAAGCGAAACUCAAAUGGUGUCCCAUCCCACUGGUACAGCCAAUGCUAUGAAAACAUCUGUAGCGUUCAGACAUAAAUUCUUGCCUUCCUCUGUUCCUGUUCCCCAUCCUCAUAGCUUUGCCUUAAACAGAUCACGUCAAACUGCCCCAUGGCAGGGGCAGUCCUGUCCAUUGGACAACUGCAGGGUGUACUUUUGAAGGAUCUCUUAAAAUACUCGCAUGCAGUGCUUUAUAUAUGUCUCAUUUGGAUCUGUUUAUUUUCCCUGCAGGGUGACUCUGGGGGAUCUCUGGUGUGCAUGCGUGAGCAUGGUUCUUGGACCCUGGUUGGGGUGACCUCAUGGGGCUAUGGGUGUGCUCGCGGCUGGAUGCAAAACCUAAAAAAAAAGUAUAACAGAAGAGGAACACCAGGAGUUUUUACAGACCUUACCAAGGUGCUCCCUUGGAUUCAGCAACAUAUCGACACCGGUAGUCAAUAUUAAUCACCUUCUGCCUAAUUCACAUAUUAAGGCGUGUAUCCAGCAAAGUUUUACCAUUUGCACAAGGAUUAUCACUUCUGCAGUGGAAGCCCCUUUCCUUCUCCUCUUCCUGCAUCUCCCUGAAAUCUACUGCAGAAGGUUAGAGAAAGCCCCAGGACCAUUUGGGGGAGGGGGGAGGAAAGGGAAUGGAAGUUCCAUUGCACAAAUGGAAGUCCUUGCGUGAACAGGAUUAAUUUGUCGGCAACAACCCUAAAUCUUUUCUUCAACGCUGCCAACCCGACAGAAAAACAUAACCUGUUAGGGUGAUAUGGGGAAGUUGAUUAUUCUGUAAAGCUAAUAAUUGCAGCUUUGACUGGGUUGUAUGGCAGAUAAUACAGUCCCUUAUGUUUUUAUAUAUGCUGGAAGCUGCCCAGAAUGACUGGGGCAACCCUAUCAGAUGGGCAGGGUACAAAUAAUAAAAUUAUUACAAAUUAUUAUUAUCAGUUUGAUUUCAGCAGCUUUACUGUCAUGACAGCUGCUGUGAAUUCCACUUAGAACUGUUCCAAUACAGUUGUUAGGACAGGCUUCCUCAAACUUGGUCCUCCAGCUGUUUUUGGUCUACAACUCCCAUGAUCCCUAGCUAGCAGGACCAGUUGUCAGGGAUGAUGGGAGUUGUAGUCUCAAAACAUCUGGAGGGCCGAGUUUGAGGAAGCCUGCUUAGGACAUCCUUGUUAUAUGGAGUCAGGCCCAAAGGGUGCAAUGGAUGUUUGGUUGUUACAAAUUCAUUAUUACAUUUCUGAUUUGCCAUAACAUUAAUAGUUCUUCACUAGGAUAUUUCUCUUUUCCUUUUUAAUUAGAUAUCAGAAUGAAAAGCUCUACAGGUGAGUAUAAUGUGCUGGAAAACGCCUUCCUGAACUAAGUAUGUACUGGCAGAGUCCAAGAUUUCUUGUGUAUGAUUAAAAAGUAUGGAUUAGAGAUGAUUAUUUUCGUAAUGCUUAGUUUUGUCUGUCUUUGCACUGCAUAUCUGUUAGACCAAUAAAUCUUGAUAUCUUCAUAUCCACAUCACAGCAUCAUGCAGUGUGCAAGAUGGCAAACUCCCUGGUAAUGAAGGACGGCUUGUUUUCCCUGAUCAUCCUAAGCAUUUUUACCAGGACAACCAGUGAGUAGCUGAAGUCCCUUUUCAGAAACUGUACCUGGUAUCAUGCACCUGUGCUUUACUGAUUGCCAACUAGAAUUCAGUCCUUGUGCAUCAAUCCAGGUUGUGCGUUUGGACUCUGCUCGUCCCAGAAGGAAUGCAUAUACUGCUGAAUUUUACCCGCUUUGAUGUGGAAUCCGAUAUGUACUGUGACUAUGAUGCCUUGUCAGUGAUUUCUAAGGACGAUAGGCUCCUUGGUGAGUGUCUUCUUCAAAAUAUAUAAGGCACCAGGCUGCACUUUUUCCCAAAUGAAAAGCAGGUGGUUCUUGUAUAGUUGAAAAGUUGGAUAUGAUAUCAAAAUUUGGUGCCAGCACAUGCCGUACUGAAGUGAACACAUGAUGUGCAUUAAUGACCUGUCCAAACAGGAAUUUCACCUAUGGGAACUUUGUGGCAUGGACACAAAAAUCACCCCUAUUUUCCUCUGAAGUCUUGGCUACCAUAGUAGUGUUUUGCUUCCCAGUAUGCCUGACACUGAGUGAGGCCACCCAUGCCCAACAGCCAUGGGGAGGGUAUAAAUAUAGAGGAGUUGCUUUUUGCUUUCCCUCAUUGAUGUUGGAGGGCCCUCACCCACAUUGACUGAACUCACUUUCACGUUGACAAAAGUUGCAGUUGAAAAUGGUGCGUGACCAGCUGAGCAGAGGAUAAUGAAGACAGGAAAGAGUUAUCCACCUAUCUCAUCUGCCUUGCCCACAUUCUUGCUUGAGAUGGCCCGAUCCUGACCUUGCUUUUCCUUUCUGAAGGGAUUUUGGAAUUUCAUGUGUAAUGAUGCUCCAGACAGUUAGACAGAGCUGAGUAUUCAGAGGUGUUUUGGGGGGCAGACACCCAAAACAAGCUUUGCUGCUAAGAUGCCCGCAAUGAACACAGCUGAAAUCUGGAUACAAAUGCUAGGUCGAGCCUGACGUAUAUUAAAGCAUUUUUGGGUUGACUCUUCUCCUUCUGGAUCUUAUAUAGCCACCAGGUUACACAUUGUUGUUGUAAAUUAAACUGAAUCAGUGGUGUGUGGUGACAUUUUUUUGAAAGGGAACAGUUAGGGCCAGAGGGGCCAGCUUGCAAAGGUGACAGGGGGCAGGGGGAUAUUGCGUGUGGGAUGCCCCAACAUCCUGACAUUGUGCAAGCAUUGUGAUUCCCUCCCUAACCUGGACAGAAGCAUCCCAGGCUUUGGGAAGGAGGUGCCAGUGCUCUGACAGUAUGCUGGAGCUCUCCUGCCUUCUUCCCCAAGCUGGGUGGGCUUUGGGAAGAUGGCAGAGGCGGACUCUUGAACUCAUCGGAGCAUUGUACCUCUCUCCCUAAGCCAGACAGAAGCUUCCUGGAUUUUAGGAAGGAGGCCCCAGGGGAACAUUUAGGGGACUAGUCUUCCUAGUCCACUGAUCACACACCACUGGAUUGAAUACUAUGGUCCUAAGCAUACCUAUUCAGAAGCAGGUUCUUCUCACAUUAGCAGAACCACUCAGUAAAUAUUAGGAAAAUUACACUGAUAAAAUUAAUGUCUUUCAGGGAAAUUCUGUGGCAAGGAGCCCCCGUUACCGAUUUUGGUUGGUUCCAAUAGCCUAAGGCUAAAAUUUGUAUCUGAUAACAAAGAACAUGGAUCUGGGUUCUCUAUGAUAUACCAAACUAUUGAGCCAGCUUCUCUUCAAGGUAAGUAUUGAUAAUUUCUAAUAAUAUAUGAGAGGCCAAGGAGGCUUCACAACAUAUAUGGAUUACAGGCACUAGAUCUGUUACUUUAUUGAUUGUGAUACUUUUUUUGUACCUUACCAGUCCUUACAUGAGAGUGCUCUAGGGAGAUUCUAUGAUUUGUAGCUUUAGCAGUCAUUGGUCGAGAUGCAAUUAGAAGGGUUUGAUGGUCGAGAUGCAAUACAGAAGGGUUUGAUGGUGAAGAACUGAGCAGUUGCACAAUUAUUAAUAUAAGUGGACCACGAGUCCUUUACAGACUUAGCUCUGAAGACCUCUGGAGGAAAAAAUGACUCUAUAACAGGUAGAUCACUGAAUGUCUUUGGUAGAUCACUGGCUCAUCCCAAAGAAGCUCAACAAGUUUGGCUCCCCUAAAGAAAGCUCAACAUUUAUUGUCCUGCACCCAAAAAAUCCAGGGCUUUCCUCUUCCCUAAAAGAAGCUCAACAACUUUGACCUGAACCCCUAAAAAAGGGGGUAGAUCACUGCCAGUCUUUAACUCUGUGAGUAGAUUGCAGUCUCUUGGGAGUUGGCCACCCCUGCUCUAUAAGAAUCAAGGGCAAACAUAACCCAACCAUCUACCUAUUCUUCAAAUACCCACAUUUAGAAAGUUCCCUUAUUACAAAAUUGACUCUUGGAAGUCCAUUGAAGAAAUCCUUUAAUAAUAAAUAAAACAACCACCACCUUAUAUUUUACUAUAAGCAUAAUGAGCCCACAAAAGCUUUCAAUGGUUUAGUUUGCUAAGGGACUAUUUAAAUUGUCUCACUUUACUUUUGCUUCACUGUCUUUCUAGACUCUGGCUGUGGAUCAAUUGCCAUACUCUUUGAGGAAGGAACAAUACAAAGCAUGCACUACCCCGAGGCUUACAAUAAUCUGGCAGAUUGUCAAUGGAUUGUUCAAGCUCCAGAAAACCACGUGGUCAAGGUACAAAGCAGGGCUGAUUUACUGGCAUCAGCACAAAGGGUUUCCUCUGAACACCAUAAGUUUGAUUCCAACCUUCACAAGCGAUGUAACAUUUCGCUCAUGAGGCUGCCUUAUUUUGGUGCUGUUUUAUUAUUAGUUAACAUAUAAUAUCUUGCAUUGGGAUAUCAUUUAAAUGCAGUGGGUAGUAUUCAACUAGGUUUUACUCAGGGUAAAACUUCAUGUACAUAGACCUCCUCUAAGUAAAUCUUAGUUGAAUACCACGGUGUGUGGAUUCUUUCUUUCUUUCUUUCUUUCUUUCUUUCUUUCUUUCUUUCUUUCUUGUUUCAGUGUCUUUUGAACCUGUCUUUCUUCAAACUCAUUCAUACAUUUUGGGUGUAGUUUUAUGUGACACUGACACUUUUGCUAUAUUUGUGUAAUAUAGGGGUGUAGGUUGUAUGUGAUGCUGUUUCCUCUGUUUACAUUCUUGUGGUAAAUCAAUAAUUCAUUCCCAAAUAUGAAUUUCAGACACUAGAAAAUGAAGUAUACUCUUUUUCUUUCUGGCAGCAACCAUCUCCAGCUUUUUCAUCACAUUCUUCUACAAAUGUCGUCGUAGACCAGUACCCCAAUAUAAUUUGCAUUUCUAAAAUGUUGGGGUGUACUCUGCUCCCAAGUAUUAAUGUCUUAUCUGUUAAUACUCCCCAGUAUUCACGUUAUAUCUGUACGUCUUAUUGGAGGCCUCCAGUGACUACAAUGACGUUUGACCUUGGGGCCCCAGAGGUUGCUACCCACAUUUUGAUACAUGCAAGCAUUGUAGACUACAGUCAAGCAUAAACUGUGGAUCUGCUUUGAUUUGUAAAUUAUAAUAAAUUAUAAUGUUUGCAUUUGGGGAUGUGCAGAGAAAUCCUAUGCAUGUUUAUUCUGAAGUAAGCCUCCAUGUGCAUCUGAAGCAUCUGAAGUGUGCUCCAUGUGCACAUUUAUUCCAGCCUUUAUUGCAGCAUUAAUCUAUGCCUUGUUUAAAUAGUAUUUUCUUACUUGCCAUAGGCAGGGCAGCAAUUUAGUUUCCUUGGUAACACUGCUGAAUGAUCUAUGGCCAAUAAGAAAACUAUCUGAAACUAAACCUCUUUGUGUUUGAUGAACUUCAGGGGUUUUUUUUUCUCUGUUGGUUUUGUUUUGUUUUGUUUUGUUUUGUUUUCAAAGCUCACAUAUGAAAAUUUUGAACUGGAGGAAAAUGAAGGCUGCACUUAUGACUCAGUGACAGUGUAUGAAAAUAUUGCAAAGGAUAAUGAAAUAGGUUUGUUUUUUAUACUUAUUUCUAAUGCUGUGCACUAAAUGAGAUUUGAGUCCAUUGCCAGGAUUCCUUUCUUCCCAGUUGGGUUUCAGUACCCAAAAUAAGUUCAAUUGGGGGGAAAGUAGUGGGUGGCGUGGCAACGCUGCAAGAAAUGGAUUCGUUUCACUACACACCAUGUACACACCUGGUUCUUAGAACUGGCCCCCAUCCCUACUUCAAGUGAGCAAGUCUUCUGCAAGUGAUUGGGGUAGGCUGCACUUUUAAACAAGGGGAUCAGUUGCUAUCACAUGUAGUCACACUGUUUUUCAGUAUUCGGCUAAUCUUGCAUUACACACACACACACACGAUAGCAUAAUUACAACUCACAGGGAAACCUCUAAUCAGCAUCUGAAACUGUCCAUUAUACUUUUUCACUCUACAAAUUCCUUUAAUUUAUAUCAAGGAAAUAGUAGCAGUGACCUAACACACAGGGUGUAAUACAACACUGAGCAAGCAUUUUAGUGCAAGCAUUUCUGCUUAAUACACAGAGCACUUUCCCCCUCCUCCCCUGCCUCUCCUCCUGUUAUGGGGGUUCUCCCAACCCCCCUGAGCAGAUCUGUGGAGGGUGCAGGGGAGAAGCCCUGUUUUACUAGUGGAACUCAUUGCACUGACUUUCAAUGGUGCAUCAGUUUAAUGGUAUCUGACCCAAUGUUCAUAUAAAGAGUUUGUCAGCACAGAGGAUGCCAAUUUUUUUACGACACCCGUUUGAUUUAAUGUUUUGUAUGCUGAGAUGCAGGGAAGUUGUUUCUGUUCUGCUGUGAACCUUACCACUUACCUUCUUUAGCUCGAUCCUGUGGAUUUGCUGUCCCAGCACCAGUUGUCAGUUCCUCUAGUACCAUGCUGGUCAAGUUUCAUUCAGAUGAGACAGAGACGUUUGGUGGAUUCAAAGCCAGAUUUUUGUUCAUCUCUGUUGCAGGUAAUGGAAAAUGGAGGAUUAUUCUAGCCCUAGAAGAAAGUUGAUUUGAGGAAUUCUGACAAUGACUCUCCCCUCUUUCUUUUUGAAACUAGAUCUAAACAUAUCAAAUUCGAGCAGUGAAGUAAUGCUUCCGGAGGAAAUAAGUGAUGCCUCAAAUGAAACUGACAUUCCUGGUAAAUCAUCUUCUGUGAAGGUAUCCUUUGGUAGGAGAAGGGAAAGGGCAAAAUGAACGUAGAGAGGAGUCCAGGGUUUGGUUUAUAGAUAUUCUAUAUAGAUAUUCUAUAGGUAUUCUAGAUACUCUAUAAAUUCUACAUACACACCAAGUUUGGCUGGAAAAUGUGUUUUCCUAAUAAGGAAAUUUCCUAAAUCCAAAAUAUAUUGCAGACUUCACUGCCUCCAUUGCAUCCUCUACUAGCCAACUAGCGGAGCUCCUCCAAAUGGUUCAGAGGUUCCUGGUGCCUGAGAGAGUUUCCUUGGAGCCCUCUGUGGCCCACUGUUUAUAAGACAUUUUGAGGGUAAAGUUGUAUGACUCUGUAGCGAUAUUGAUCCCACAGUUCAUGCAGAACAAGCGUGAAUCUUGAUCAUGCUCAAUCUGGAUCAUGGUAAACAAAACCUAGCCAGCAGGGCACCUUUGGGCAGCUUCAGGGCGUGGUGAAAGGGGUAGCGCUUGAAAUAGUCAUUGGUCAAUUUCUAAUACACCGAUUCUUGGGAAGGUGACUGAGAAGGUUGUGGUAGAACAGCUGCAGGCAUUCUUGGAUGAAAUGAGUUACCCUGACCAAUUUCAGUCUGGCUGGCCUGGUUUAGAGGUCAAAUCAGCCUAGCUUGCCCGGAUAAAUGACCUCCACUGCGAGAAAAACAAGGAGAGUCUAAUUAUUUUGCUUCAUCUCAGUGUGGCUUGUGAUACCAUCGGCCAUGGUGUCCUCCCAGACCAGCUCUGUGAAACUGGUGUCAGGGUAGUUUAUGGUAGUUCUGAUCCUACCUGCAGGGUCGGUUCCAUAGAGUCACCCUGGAGCAUUUAUGCUAUGGAAUGCUGCAGGACCCUAUCUUAUCACAGAGUUAAAUAACAUCUAUAUGAAGACAACUGGAAAGAUCAUUGUGGGGAUAUGGAGCAAAGUAUUAUUAGUAUGCUGACGAUGCAUCACUCUGUCUAUCCAUAAUGUCUGAACUUGGAGUGGACAUGCAGGCUCUGGACCAGUAUCUGACCACAGCUGCGGGCUGGAUGAGGGCCAGUGAACUGAGUUUAACUCCUGGCAAAACAGGUGGCCUUGGUGGCUAAGGGUACCUUUUGCCAGCUUUGGUUGGUUAGGCAGCUGCAGCUGUUCCUGGACUGAGAUGGCUUGGCCACUGUGACGUUGGAUUACUGCAGGAUGCUCUGUUCUGUGAUUCCUUUUGACUUAACCUAGAAGCUGCUGCUGGCUCAGAAUGCAGUAGCUAAAUUGUGUUACCCCAUUGACACAAUGUAAUGCUUCUGCUAAAGGAGAUGUGCUGGCUGCCAAUAUGCUACCAGGAACCAUUCACAUUUUGCUUUGAUCAUUUAAAGCCCUAAAAAACUUGGCACCACCAUAAAGUCUUGUCCGCAGUAUCCCUCCCUGGCAACUGCGCUCCUCAGAUGGAGCAUUGCUGAGAAUACCACAUGCCCCAGAGAUGCACUUACCCUGAACUAGAAAUUGGGCUUUUAGUGUUGCAGCUCCAGCUCUCUGGAAUCAAUUACCAGCUGAAAUCAGACAGGCACCUCAUGUGAUGAUGUUUAGGUGCCUACGGAAGACAUUUUGGUUUAGGAAGGCUUUCCCCGAGGUGCAUCCCAGUCAUUUUAUGGAAGAUCAGUUUUAUAUCUGAUGAACUUGUUCUGUUUUUCAAAUUUGUAUGGAUAGCCUGACUGUUUUAGAGUUGAAAUAAACCUAAAAAUAAAAAUGCCCAAUAGCACCUUAUAGACCAACUAAGUUUGUUCUGGUAUAAGCUUUCAUGUGCAUGCACACUUCUUCAGAUACAUGCACACGAAAGCUUAUACCAGAACAAACUUAGUUGGUCUAUAAGGUGCUACUGGACAAUUGUUUAUUUUUAUUUCUACUACGUCAGACCAACACAGAGUUGGUUUAACUGAUUUUAUUGUUCUUGGGAUGUGUGAUCCUGUGUUUAAUUCUGUUUUUACUGAGUACAUUGAUGGGUUUAUUUUGCAAAGUGGUCUGUAAAUUCAACAGUUGUUGCUGUUACUAUGUUAGUGUAAGACAUGGGUAGGCAAACUAAGGCCCAGGGGCUGGAUCUGGCCCAAUUGCCUUCUAAAUCCAGCCCGUGAACGGUCUGGGAAUCAGCAUGUUUUUACAUGAGUAGAAUGUGUCCUUCUAUUUAAAAUGCAUCUCUGGGUUAUUUGUGGGGCAUAGGAAUUCGUUCAUUAUUUUUUUUCAAAAUAUAGUCCGGCCUCCCACAAGGUCUGAGGGAUAGUGGACCGGCCCCCGGCUGAAAAAGUUUGCUGACCCCAGUUGUAAGACUAAGCAGGCUGCUAAGAUCAGCAAAUGUAAACUUGCCUGGGAUAGCUGCUCCUUCCCACCAGUAGUGGCUCCUGGAACCAAAAGAGAGAGAGAGAGAUGGCAAGGCUCCCUCCUCCACCAUCACCAUGCUGUGGCUGCUGGUUGUCUGUCCUGGCCAAUGAACUGCUUCAUUAGCCACUGCUGAAAGGCCAUCCUAUAAUUUGCCUGCAAGUCCUACUAAAUCCAGUGAGACUUUCAAAUUAAAUAGAAGCUGCCUCUGUAGAAUCAGCCAAAUGUGGGCAGCUUUUUCCUCCCCCCCCCUUUUAAAAAAACUAUUUUUAUUAAAGAUUUUAUCGGUUUACAAAAGUACGUGCAUUGUGUCUUUUUCAGGUUGCAAAGUCUUUUCUACAGAUCUUGUACAUUUGAGUGUUGUAUACAGUAUAAAGUUGGGGAAGAAAAGAAGGGAGAGAGGAGGAGUGGUGAGACUUAUAUGUGGGCAGCUUUAUUCCGUAAUAGGCACAAGUUGCUUUGUUUUGUUUUUGCAAUGUGCAAUAGCUUCUCCUCUUUUCUGUGUUGCCAGCUGACAUUUGUGGAGUAGCAUUCAACCAGCCCAGGUUUCUUUUCAGUCGGAUAGUUGGAGGCGAAGAAGCUGUACCAUAUUCUUGGCCUUGGCAGGCAAGCAUACAGAUUUUGGGAGAAAACAUCUGCGGAGGGGCAGUUCUUACAAGCACAUGGGUGGUGACUGCUGCUCACUGUUUUAAAGGGAUGUAAGUACUAUGUUAUGGCUUAGCAAUAAUAGUUCACAGCGCCUGAACAGUUUGGAAAGCACAUUAACAAAUGCAUUAUUUAGAGUGUCGUCCUAUGAAUGUCUACUUAUGACUACAUAUUGAUAAGUGUGUAUAACAUCCUUUGCCAGCCUGCUGAAGAUUUAGACGACUGUGCUGGCUGGGGUGAUGGGAGUAAUCCACCUGGAAGGCAUUAGCUGAAGACUGGUAUAUAGGAUUGCAUGGUUAGAGUGCAAUUCUGUGCAUGUCUAUGCAGAAGAUGCCCUGCUUGAAAACAGGGGCUGCUGCCUCCUAUGGAUUUUUUAAAAAUAUGUCACUAUCUCCCAUAACAUGAACUCCCAACCCCCAUUUUCCACCAUACUAGAAGAAUUCGAAGAAGGUAACACCCCAGAAGUUCUGAAGACUAGUCAUCACACUCAGAGUAACUAGGGAUAGCAAAACAUGCAGAUAAAUGAAAACGUGUGUAGGUUUGGCAAGCUCUUGGCAGACUACAUACCAAAUUGCAAGAGACUGAAGGAUUUAUAUUCCUCUGGUACCCACAAAAAAUGUGGGUAUCUACUCAGAAGUAAGUCCUGCUUUAUUUAGGCUUCAGCACAAAUCAAAUUUGUUCCUAUUCUGUGUGUAUUCGGAAUCCCUGUGUGGAUGGGAGUAACAUAUUAUCAUGCUUGAAUGAAAAUGUGUGGUACACACUGUUGGAAGAAACUUCUGGGUUUGUUUUUAACCAAUUACAUUCUCUGCAAAGGGGAAAAUACAGAGAUUUUUGGAGUGUGGUUGCUGGAGCUCACGACAUCGGAGAACAAGAGCAUAAUAGUCAGGUUAGUACAAGUUAUUCUGUAUUUAUGGAAGGAACAUGUCCUUAUACCGCAACAUGCACAAAUAAUUCUACUCCUCCCCCAAGACUGUGGGAGCAAAACGAAAAAGAGUUUUACAUGAAGUGUAUUUUCAAAUACCUCUAUCUAUCUAUCUAUCUAUCUAUCUAUCUAUCUAUCUAUCAUCAUGAUGGACUUUAUAGUGAAAUAGGUUACUACCAGUAUGCAUGUUGUUCUAUGACUGCCAAUCACAAAAAGAAAACUUCUCUUUCUGAAACAGUGAUUGCGCUAUACUCAAUCAUUCUGAGUCCAGACAAUUGCAUAAACCACCUGAAAUGUGUUUGUAAAAAUUGUUUUUAUUGAGGAUUUUCUUGGGUUACAAUAGUACAAGCAUUGUCUCUACUUUCAUAUCAUAAAGUCCUUUCUAAAACUGGUUUUGUUUUAUGUGACACUUUAAUGUUGUAUACAGUAUAAGGUUGGGGGGAAAGGGUGGGGAGAGGAGUAGAGCAGUCUUUGAGCUGCUGACAUCUUCCCAUGUAUCAUCCUGCUGUGCUUUCCUAUUUCCAGAAAAGAUUGGUCAAACAAUACAUUCUGCAUCCAGAUUUUAACACCACGACUACAGAUUCAGACAUUGCACUGGUGGAACUCACUGAGCCUUUAGAAUUCAAUCAUUAUGUUCGUCCUGUGUGUCUACCUGAGAAAGAUGAAAAGGUUGAGGCUUCCAGGGUGUGUGUCAUUACAGGUUGGGGCAUUCAUUAUGAAGGUGAGUGCAUUUUCCUUUCAGUAAGAAUUUUGUGUUCAUCUAUUAGCCAGAAUGAUUGCUAGCCAUUCCUUUUUCAUUAGGGACUAGUGGAGAAGAGGGGUUCAUGAGCUGAAAAUGUGGACUGCAAAAGAAUUAAGUUCACAUUUAAGGAGCUUAUAUCUGAAUCUUAGUUUUUGCUGAGUGUGCUCUUUUUAACCCCUCAAGAUGGAGAACUUUCAAGAAAACUCCAUCAACUUGAAGUUCCUAUUUUGGUUUCUGAAGAAUGUCAGAAAUACUAUAUGAACCAUCCGGGUGGUCUGAACAAGCGGAUGUUCUGUGCCGGAUUUCCUACUGAAGGAGGAAAGGAUGCGUGUACAGUAAGCAGUCAGAGUAAAUGUAUUCUAUUCAACCAGGAAUUAACAAGGUCUGUGCAAUAAUUCUGCAAACACCCAGCAAAACAGGGACCCAUAACUUUAUUAGAGCCAAGGCAGAGCUUCUUCUGGUUCUUGUGUAGCCAUAACUACCAAGGACUAAAACACAGAGUGGAAAAUGAAACUGGGGUAGGCAAAUUUACCCCAUGAGAGGUCUUCUAAUUAAUUAAUGUCAUGGUAGAAGCUGAGAUGUAAUAUCUGUUCUUCUAAGAUCUCGUAAGCAUGUUUGAUUUUUGCACGUGCAAAGCCAUGAGUGAGAAAGCUGUUGAACAAGGACAGUGGAUAUUAAUCACUAUCUCAUGGGUCACGAAGAGUCGGACAUGACUAAACAACAUGAUUUCUCCUGCUAGUGGCCUCUCCAUUUCCACCUCCCGUGGUUCCUUCACUUACCCACUUUUUUAAAAACAAAGUUUUGCUGUUACCUUAGCGGCAAUGACAUUGCCAUGCUCUGCUUCAUUCUGAGGAAGAGGGCCCUUCUUCAGAGUGAGGUGUGGUGAGGAGUGAGGCAGUCAGGAAAGCAUCACUUUGCUGCAGCAUCUAGUCUAUAACUGCUUGAGGGUCUCAUAUGAAUGAAUGUCAGUGGAACUGUUUUGUUGGCAGGAAACCUCAUCUGAAAUAUUAUUAUUUUUGGUCACAAUUCCUUCUCCCUUACUCUGCAAUAGUGUCUCUUACCAUAACCAUCCAGAAACAGAGCUCUAUAGAUUGCUAUCUUUCACUCUGUUGAGUACCUACUUGCUGUCAUACCUGUGUGCUGGCAAAUGAUAAAAGAAUGAGCAGCUUAAAGCUGGCAACAGUGGUGGUUGCAGGAGACAGGCGCUGCAUUCAUUUCUUUGUUGCUAGCUUCAGCCUACAGUCUGAAGGUAAGGACACGAAUAGCAAUACCCCUUAAUAUUUAGCAAAUGCAGAAUGUGUAAACUGAGGUCACACUGAUGGCUCUUGAAAGUAUCUUUCCUCGUCAACUUACAAAUAGGUAUACAUUAACUUUAAGCUCUAUUCAUUUUUAUUAGGGUGAUUCAGGAGGUCCACUGGUUUGUCCAUCAGAAGAGUCAAGCUACUACACCCUUAAUGGAAUAAUAAGCUGGGGACAUGGUUGUGGAAGAACUGGCUAUCCAGGAGUUUAUACGAAUGUUGCGUCUUUCACCAGUUGGAUUGGUCAUCACAUAUAUGGAACCAGUAGGCAUCUGUGUUUAUUUUAACAACAGCAUCCAAUCUGGAGGGACGCUUUCUAAGAAGGAAUGUCCAGUAUGCUCCCACAGACAUGUGGGGCUGUAUAGAAGUGUCACACACCUACUGGCAGCCCUACACGUGUUAGAGGAGAUGGAAGCAGUGCUAAUGUAAUUGCACACACGCACAUGCAUGCACCUGCUCUGGGACGAAGUUCUGUGCUUCUUGUCUUUGGGCACAAGAAGACAACAUAAAUACACCACACAUGUGUUUACCUCCUCUGGAGAAUCACCAGGCUACUCAGGGUCUUGUUGGAUGAGAGAAACAGAAAGUGGGGAGACAGCAUGAAGACGUAGCACUGGAUUUAGGGGGCGAGGGGGGUUCCUCUGCACAGGAUGCUGAGCAGAGGGAGUGCAUCAUCAUCAUCAUCAUCACCAUCAUACCUAUAUUUAUAUGGAUGCACAGAACAGAAGGCAAGAGGGAGUGAAAAUAACGAAUAUUUAGGGAGGGGAUGCCAAAUUUUGUCCUCACAGGUGCCAUAUUACCAAAGUCCAGCCCUGAAAAAUGUCUGGUCUCCUACUGCAGGAGCCAGUUCUGCUCCUAACACCUUCUCUCGCUCUGCCUACCACACAUACUACAGUAAGGCCCUCCUUACGUUGAUGAAGACCCUAGCUCUGCCACAAAGGCUUGUUCCACAAUAUAUUGGCCUUCAGGCUUCCACAAUACUCUUGCUUGGUUUUGCUCAAGCGAACCAAAACAGCUGCUGCUUUGCGGUUAUUGGUCACCUGAAAGUGUACAGCGGGCAAUCAGGUUAAGCAAUGACUACAUUAUUUCCCAUGCCGAUGUAUUUUAUUGCAGUGAUACCAUGCAGGCUUAAUCCAUGAAUGAUCCACCUUGUCAAACACUCUAAUUAGAGGUUCUUAACCCAUGUGAGGCACCUGUCUAAAACCCCAUUUCUCCCUCAACCUCCCUAUGGCCUUUUCCUGUUUGCCUUCCCUCUUCCCAUUUCUCUCUUAGUUCUGUAUAUUAAAAUUAUUCCUCCAUCUCUUCCAAUCAACUGUGGCUGCACCAACACCGACCCUAGGCUGGGGUCCCAAGACUCACAAAAUUGUGUUCACCUAUUGAAACUGGAACACAAGUGUGAAGCGCUUUGAACUGCUAGGAACACAACCUCUGGGGUCUUUUUGAAUUCAUCACAAGUGGUAGUAAGUAGCACUUAAUUAAAAGCCAUUUUUAGAGAGGGCUAUUUCCCCCAUAACCAGAGGCAGACCUAGGCUCACUGGCACCCUUGGUAAGUUGCUGUAUCAGUACAUACACCCCCCCACCCCAGUCCCUUGCACUUUUCACAAGGAGAUAUCUGUGCCUCCAAAGCUGGGAGAGAACAAAAAACUUUGCUUUUUGUCAACUUUCACGCUCUGCCAGUGACUUCCUUCAUGGCCAUCAGGGUCUGCUCCACCUCCUCUCCUCCUCUGCCAUUGGUCCAUCUGCUUCCCUGGCUCCUUCCACUCACUGCUUUUGCUUCUGUCUUUUUUCCUCUUCCUGCAACUCUUGCUGGCUCUCUCCAUCAUUCUUUCUUCCCUCCUCUCACACUUCUAAUAGCACUGCUCUGCCAAGGUGCCCAGAGAAGCUUGCAUCCCUUGCCCAGCCACCCAGAGCAGUGGAGGAGCAGCUCAGAGAGCAUGCAGACAGGCAGGAAGGCUCCCAGCCACUCUGAGCCAGAGUGGAGAGGCAUAAUUUUUGCACCUGCCCUUGGUGGGGGUCGACCUAAAUGACCCUAGGUCAUUUGCCCAUAACAAGUUUGCCACAGCAUCGUUAUAAUUAGAUGGCUAUGAUCUCUUGGCUGUUUUAUACUUGGACUUGACUGUCUUGCCUCUUUUGCAGACUCCUCAAGCCAGGAAUGAAGAUCUUCUAUGAAUGUGAGCAUUUAAAUCAACAGCUAAACCAUGUGACUUGACAGCUUUGUUCUAGAGUUCAUGGACUGGAUGUUUCAUAAUUUGAAGAAGAAGAAGAAGACAUAGCCUUCACAUGCGUAAAAUAUAUCAGUGCAGCUUUGGACACUUCCAUUUAUAAAUAAUGUUGCUGCAAUUCUAUGCACAGUUUCCUAGGAGUAAGUCCCAUUGAACUUACUGGGAGCAUGUGAGUUUUCCCCAAUGAAAUGUUUCACGUGAAUAUUUUUUUAUAAUGUAAGGUAACAUAAAUUAUUUUUAAAAAAAUCUAUUAAUAUGCAUUUUUUAAUUUAUCAUGCCAUAUGACAGUAAGAUCACUUUCAGACAUCUAGAAGAAGCACAUGUACUUUCAGUUUCUUUUCUUCAUGCUCCAGAGUCUUAGUCAAAAAAAGCAGGUUUGCAACCCACCCCCCCAUGGAAACAUCUGUUCUGUCCUCACAUUGGGAUAUUCAUUUAUUAAUAAAGGUUUGAUUGGUGUGUGC